AUGCAGUUCUCUGCGGAUGCCACUGUAGAUGCUGUGAAAUACUCAUCCUGGGCCCUUGCUCCUUUGGUGACCUCCAGGCGCCUACUUUGGCUUCGCAACUGGCAAAUGGACAACAAGUCCAAGUGGAACUUGGCAUCUGCCCCAUAUGCAAGGGCUAAUCUCUUUGGCGAAUCAUUAGAUCUGAUUCUCAUAGAGAAUAAAGAUAAAAAGAAGGAUGAGGAGGACAAAGAGGAUAAAGAGGAUGUGGAGGAUGAAGAGGAUUUGGAGGAUGAAGAGGAUGUGGAGGUUGAAAAGGAUGAAGAGGAUGAGGAGGAUGAAGAGGAUGAGGAGGAUGAGGAGGACAAGGAAGAUGUGGAGAAUGAAGAGGAUGAGGAGGAUGAGGUGGAUGAAGAGGAUGAUGAGGAGGACGAGGAGGAUGAAGGGGAUGUGGAGGAUGUGGAGGAUGAGGAGGACAAGGAGGACGAGGAGGAUGAAGGGGAUGUGGAGGAAGAGGAGGAUGAGAAGAACAAGGAGGAUGUGGAUGAUGAAGAGGAUGAGGAGGAUGAGGAGGAUGAGGAGGACAAGGAAGAUGGCAACUGGCAAGGGGAGCUAGAAGCCUUCAAGAAGGUGGGUCUUCUUGGAGGACAUCCCUUCUCCACACAGAAAGACCCGGGAGGGACCCCAGGCCUCACCGUCCCAGAAGCUCAAAGUGCAGCCAUCAACCUCUCGUCACUUGAUGCUUCCAACCUUCUCACCAAAGAACCGGAACCAACGAGGACUUCCUAUGACGUCGUCUUUCUGGUGACCAGAUUGCCCAUGUAUGGGACCCUUUCUCUUCCAGAUGGUCGAGUGAAUGACAAGCACCCCUAUUUUCUGCAAUCUGACCUUGCCGCAGGUGGAUUGGAAUAUUCUCACAACGGUCCUGGAUUCCUGGAUGAUUAUUUCAGAUUUGAUGCUUGGCUACGGCCCAACACAAACAGAUCUAUUGAGCCCCCACAGAAUGGAAAGGAAGUCAUUAUUUCUGGGUUGUUCAACAUCACAGUGAGAGACGGUAAUGAGAUGCCACCAAAACUAGUCAGCCAAGGAAAAGUCUUACAAGUUCUCCAAGGUUCCUCCAUGGUGGUCUCCCAAGAACAUUUGAAUGUCAUAGAUCCAGACAGUUUCCCCAAAGAAAUCCAAUUCAACGUUAGUUCUGGAUCUCCAACUGGAUUUGUAGCUAAGGCCCAUAAUCCAUCCGUAGUCGUAACCCAGUUCACACAAGCAGACAUCAAUGCAGGACACCUGAUAUUUGUUGCCAAUGGAACAAGUUCUACUGGGACUUUGAAGCUUGUUGCAUCAGAUGGACUCCACAAGCCAAUUUCUAUUUCUCUGGAAAUCAUGGUUCUUCCCGCAACCACGUGGGCAACCAAUCAGACCAUCUUGGAAAUACCCCAAGGCUUGAACAUGGCUUCACUGUCUCACAAACAUCUUCUAGGGUCUUCAGGCCAAGGAGAGCGAAAUACCUUCUACGAACUCAUCAGGGGCCCAGAGUAUGGCCAAGUGGAAGUCCAUCAAAAGGCCGUGAAACGUUUUUCACAACAACAGGUGGACAAGGGAGAAGUUUUCUUUACUUUCACAGAUUUGGCCUCCUCCAAAGAUGGAUUUCAAUUCCUUGCCACCUCAGGAGCCACCAAUAUUUCGGGGGUUGUAAAUGUAACAGUCAAGGCCUUAGUGAAAAUCGGGCAAGAGAUUCUCUGGCCGAGAGGAACCACUGUCCUGCUUAAUACCAACAUCCUUGAUGCCCACGAGCUGGCCGACAGGACAAACAGCACCCCCGAGUUCAGAAUUCUCCAAGCCCCUCAAGGGAGCAAGUUGGUGAGAGUCUCCAGAGACAACAUGGAUCGGCCUGCCUCCAUCGAUGCUUUCACCCAAGAUGACCUCAAGGACGAAUUGAUUGGGUUAGAAAUCUGGGAGGCAGAAGAUUCAGGGCCGAAUCUCCAAGAGGACCGCUUUCAAUUUGAAUUGACUGCGAAAGGUGUGCCCCCUGCCUCGGGGUGGGUGGUGUACACCACGGAGACCUUCAACUCCUCAACCCCCUAUAGGGCCACCUUGGUCCAUAUGCCUGGUCCCCAGGAAGGAAGCCAUAGCUCUACCCCACGGAGCAUAACCUCCCCCUUCUAUACUUUCACAACCAUGCCUUAUGAAUCCACAAUGGCCCCCUCUAACUCCAACAAGUCCCACGUCCUCCCAACAACAGGAUCAGGCCAAGGAUCAACAUCUCAAACAGAAAAGGGUUCUCUCUUGGGUUUCAUUGAAGCCAACAUGUUCAGUAUCAUCCUCCCCAUUUGUCUCAUUCUUCUGCUUCUGGCUUUGAUCCUACCUCUGCUCUUCUAUCUCCACAAACGGAACAAGACUGGCAAGCACAAUGUCCAGGGGACACUGCCCAAAUACAAGAAUGGAACAGUGGUGGACCAAGAAACUUUCCGUAAGACUGACCCUACUCAAAGCAUACCUCUGACCACCAUCAAUACCUUGGAGGCCAAAGAACCAGGAUCCAACUCAAAAGGACCCGGGCCAGGAAGACCACAGGAUCCAGAAUUGCUCCAGUACUGUAGGACAUCUAACCCAGCUUUGAAAAACAGCCAAUAUUGGGUUUAA